CUACAGUAUGCGCCAAUUGACUGGGCCGUCGGCCGCGGUGUGGUGGCCCAUUGUCGCAUCCGCCGCCCCACCGCACGAUGUCAGUUGCUGCUCCCAACACCAUCACCAAGACGUGGAACACGACGACGCCGAUUGAAGGCAUGCUCCUCCAAUUCCCUGGUCGUGUCUUCAUCAACCAGAAUCCGUCCCUGAAAGCCGCCGCUCGCGUCGUUGUGACGUCCAACUCGCAGGCGGUGGUGGACCUGUUUGGUUUCAACGCGACGCGGGCUGUUGGCGACAGCAUCAACGUCGGGUGCAACCAGCGGUUCGCCAUCAACAGUGCGAACCAAACGUACUUGGACGUGUCGGUCACGACUGGCGUGGAUGUCCACGCGGCAGGGUCGCUUCUAGUACUUGUGACGGUGCAAAAGCCGCUUUCGUGGGUAAAAUCCACCGCCGACACCGUCGUGGUCAGCGGUGCUCUGGUCAACGGAGUCACCAAGGUCGUGUCUCUCACUGCGUUGGGCGCAGGCAACAUCACGACGACGGCCAAGUACCCCGUGACUUUGUCCAACCUCACGUUGGCGGCUACUGGCACCGGCAAGGUCCACUACUCGGCAUCCACGACCUUCAACACAACGUCGGGCGUGUCGUUGGUGAUUUCUGGCCCCGGCAUCGUCGCCCUUGACUCGUACCGCACGCUGACGAUCCCGAACCUCCGCACCACCGUGACUGGCAGCGGCUCGGUCUACGUCACGACAAACGGCACCCUGACCGCCCAAGAUAUCCGAACGUACUUGUUUGGGAACGGCAACGUCAGCUAUUACCCGAGCCAAGGCACGACCGUGAACAACACGGUCAACUUGUUCAAAUCUGGUCAUGUGUACACUGGUUCCAUCCUCUCUCAAAACGCGACGGUUGCCGUGUCGGGGGCUGGCGGAGUUGUUGUGCAAGUGAACGAUACGUUGGCAACGUCUAUCAACGGCGCAGGAGUUGUUUCGUACUUCAAUAAGACGGUGAACCCGGCGCACUUGCCCAAGCCCAAGGGGUGGUGGGUGUUCAGCAGCCCGAGUGCUGUUGCCACGAGCGACAACACGUUCAGUGUGAUCAAGGACACCCCCGAGCCGACCAAAGUCGCGUUGAACGUCACGAUUGACCUCUACAGGUCGUGGACGAGCCGCUGCUUCACUCAACGCUUCCAAACAAGUGCCGAGACCACGUCCCUGUCGAGUUUGUUUUCUCCCACUGAAGACGUCGAAUCGAUGGCCGCGGUGGCCUUUGCCCUCGUUGCUUUGGUCGUCCUUGCGAUUUUCAAAGCCAAGAAGCGCACUGGGUACACUGCGUUGCCCAAGUAGAGCCGUCGUCUUGACCAGUCUAACAACCUCUAUCUGUCCUUUUCUACUGCAA